UCCCAGCUCCUAUCCCUUAUUUUUCUUCAUCUUCAUCUUCUCCUACCUCCUCUUCCGUUCUCUCUGCCUCUGGAAUUUUUGCGUCAAUUUAUUUUUUGUAGUUGCUUGACGAUGAAGUUUCUUAUUUUCCCUUUAAAAGAAUUUUAAUCCGGUGAAACUAGAGUCGAGUUUAAUUAAAACGAUGUCUUAUUUUGAUUGUAAUUGAUCAAAUAUCCCCGAAUAUUUUCAGGGGGUUAAUAUUAUUCUUUAGAAAAGAAAAUCUUCAAGAAUGGGGGAAAUUAAAGCGACAAAAAAUGAAGAAAAAGAAGAUGAGCAAGAAGAGGAAGUAGACGAUGAAGAGGGAAUUGAGUUAUCAUUGGGUCUUUCCUUAAAUGGUAAAUUCGGGGUGGACCGAAAAGAAAAGUACCUGCAAAGAUCAUGUUCAGUUUCUAAUUUUAGUAUAACUCCGGCGGCGGAUUUACGGGGAGGAGUACCGUUAACCAGGACCUGGUCACUCCCGGUGGAGGCAGAGGAGGAAUCAAUGAAGAGGAAAGAGAUUCAGAUGAUCCGGCGGCGUGAAGCGAAACGAAGGCGGGAUGAGAAAUUGAGAAGUGGGUGUGGUGGGGAAGUACGAGGUGCAGGGGUGAUGGUUUGUAUGCCUCCACCGUUGUCUCAAGGGUCGUCUGGGUCUUCUUCUGGGUUUUCGGAGUUCGAUUGCCAAACACGACCUUUUGUAGGAAUGAAGAAAAGCACAGGAGCAAGAAGCCCCCAAAGUGUGCAGUCCUACGAGCAGAACGAUCAUAGGAGUUUACCAACAAAGUUGUCAAAUGAUAUGGGAGUUUCAGACCUUAGGCCAUCAAGGUCCAUCUCUGGAACGAACGAGAUGGUAAGGAAUGUGCUAGCUGAUAUGCCCUGUGUAUCUACGAAAGGAGAUGGAUCGAAUGGCAAAAAAAUAGACGGUUUUCUUUACAGAUAUAAGAAAGGCGAGGAGGUGAGAAUAGUAUGUGUAUGCCAUGGAGAUUUUCUCACUCCUGCUGAGUUUGUUAAGCAUGCUGGAGGUGGAGAUGUAGAACACCCACUAAGACAUAUAGUUGUUAACUCAUCAUCUUUCUUGUAAUCAUUGUUAGCAGUAGCAGACAUUACCAAAUUGUCCAAGUAGAGUGGAUCACAAUGGUCCAUCUCUCCAUUCGGGCUUCAAAGCUCACAACUACGCUUUCGCCCGUCCCUUUUCCCUUUUUAUUGGAAAUUAGUAUAGUACCUAUGCCAUAUAAAUUUAUAUGGAAACCUAAUCUAUAUUGGAAGAUGGUUUAUUAUCAAAGUAAGACUUAUGAAUUUCUUUUAAUUAAAAUUAAUGGUGGAUAUAUUUGUUAUUGUUUCA